CCUUUGUUGCACCUCCUCUUUUGAUUUCCACGCAGCGGGCCACGGGGCAGGACGGACAGAAGGGAAGCUGCGUGUGGACUCGUGUACACCAGGGAAACACGCCGCACACGAGCUGAGGGUGAGCUCAAGGAGAAGUCGCCGUGCUGCGCUGGUGAUCAGUUUGAGCAGGAGAUGCUGCUGCUGCGCUUGAAUGAAUGAGAAUGCUGACGCUGUAUGCUGCGCGGCGUGCUGGAGACAUGCGGUACUCUUCACUCUUCCGUCAGGUCACACUGUAGUUACUGUAAAGUCGAUCCAGUCAGUCACAGAGACAUCCUGCACACUCUCUCCUCUCCUGCUGGGAUUUGUCCUUGCUGGAUGCCGGGAUGCCUGCUUCUUCUCUCGCCACACUGUUCUUGGUUCUGUCGGGUGUGUUGACGACAUGCGCCCAGACGGAGAUGAAGAGGGUUGUUGGAGACAAUGCGACGCUGCCCUGCCACCAUCAGUUUUGGGUGGGUGAUGAUCCCACUCUGGACAUUGAAUGGCUGCUUCUAAAGCCAACCAACAGGCAGAGAGUGGUAAUCACCUACUUUGCUGGACGUGUUUUUGACCCCAAUGAAGCGGAGCGCAGCCGCGUGGCCUUCGCUGGAGAGUACUUAAAAGGGGACGCCUCUCUGCUGAUCAGUGACUUGUCCCUAACUGACUCAGGAGAGUACAGCUGCAAAGUCAAGACUGGUGCACAAUACCACUGGAGCACCAUCAGCCUCAUAGUGCUGGUAAAGCCAUCCAAGCCGCGGUGCUGGAUGGAGGGCAAACUGUUGGAGGGCGGUGAUGUUAAGAUGAGCUGCAAGUCUGCUGAUGGCUCUGAUCCCAUCCACUACAAAUGGGAGAGGGUACUGGACAAGGGCAAGUAUGUUGGCAAGCUGCCUCCACUGGCCCUGAUAGAUUUGAAAAACCCAGAGAUUGUGACGUUGAGGAACUUGACCAAGGACAGCACCGGAGUCUACAAAUGCACAGCCAGCAACGAUGUGGGGGAAGAGAGCUGCACAGUGGAGGUCAAAAUGCACUAUGUAAGGGGAAUGGGUGUGGUAGCAGGGGCAGUUGUCGGCGUGUCUUUCGGAGUCCUCCUUAUCAUCCUCAUCAUCUGGUUGGUGUUCCGCAAAAAGGAGAUGAAGAAAUACGAAGAAGAAGAAACCCCAAAUGAAAUCAGGGAGGAUGCAGAGGCUCCCAAAGCCAAACUAGUGAAGCCCAACUCCCUCUCUUCAUCCCGCUCUGGCAGCUCACGCUCAGGCACUUCCUCCACUCAGUCCAUGGUGCACAACAUGGGGCUCCGAGGCCAACGAGCCUGUGUUCCUGCUGUGGCGGCCCUCAAGGAAAACUGCCAAUCUUCUUUCCCUCAGUCUCCACCUGGCUACAAUCAGACAGUUCCCAAGACUCCUGAACCACGUUCAACACCAACCUCCACGUCUACCUCCAACUGCAAGCCCAGCCCUCCCCCUAAACUGAGUCCUGGAAACCUGACCCGCAUGGGGGCCACUGCUGUUAUGAUCCCUGCCCAAACCAAGGCCUUCCAGACUGUGUAGAAGAUGUAAUCACACAGAGGAAAAGACCAGCCUCAGGACAUGGCAACCAGCUGAACCCAUGAGUUAGACUCUGAUGAAGAUCCAGUGUAUAUUCUCACCAUUCGCUAUCUGACGGAUACUUUCAGGAAUUUAACUCUUGGAGAAUCUCUGCUUUACACUAACAACACAGGAACAGGCAACUUCUGGUGUUGUUAACUGAAGACACUGUCACCUGAGCAACAUCUGUGGUCCUGUUUCACAGACUGUGAUUUCAAAAGGCAAGGAGGUGUCUAAACUGAAGCAGCAGUGGGUUUCUUAUGGAAGGAGAGGAUUGAACGCACCAGGGAGUGAAUGGGAUGAGGUUAUGUAAUGAGGUGAAGUCAAAAGCGUGAGUCAGACUGAAAUUUGAAAAAGUGAUUACGUUACAUAGCAACUUCAUUCCUUUUUCAGAAGAUGACCAACUGCUCACAGAUACAGUUGAAAAGGUUAGAGUAAGGGAAUGGGGAAAAAAGGAACAAACUUGACCACCUUCUUACAUACAAUACACCACUUUACACAUGUUGCUAAUAAAAAAAAAUACUCUGCACCUGUGACUGAACUGAUGAAAGUAGUUUAACUUUAGGUUGUUACAGUAUAUAAACAGGAUGAAUGGCUCUGAUUGUAUAAACAGAUUUUUAUGUGGACACUUCAUAUAUCCAUCAAUACAUGUGUCACACACUCUAAUAUGGACAUAAAUGAAUCCCUUUGUCACUGCUUCCUCUGUGCUGACUGAAAAACCACGUAGAUGUGCACCAUUCAGUAGUUAAAGUGUGGAUUCAUACUGGAAAUUUCAUGUUCAUACUAUUCAUACCUGACAUGUCGCGGUUCCAAGAUAUUUCAGAGGAGUGCAUAAGGUUUUCUGUGGAGGGAAAUAUAAUUAUCAGUAUCAUGGAGCACUUAUAUUUUUGAAGAUUGUUACAGGGUUAAGUUGAGGCCCUACUGAGAAAGUGCCACAUUGUGAUGGUUUACAUUUGUUUUUUUAUCCUGUGUUGUGUGUCGUAUACCUUCUUUUUUAAUCCAAGAAUGAAAAACUGAAUGAAUGUGAUGCUAACCCAGCUGGCACCGGAUGAUGUCAAUAUGACAUCAGAAAGACAUUACAUCAGACAGACAGCACAGUUUUGGUUGUAAUGGAAAUCGUGUUGACGAUUGUCGAACAAUGCUAGAAUUUCGAGCUGUGCAAUUUUGCAGAUGAUGUGUUGUUCUCCAUACCUAACGACCAAAUGACGUCAUUGUCAUUCUACGUCAAGAUGAUGUUGGCAUGAAACAUUUGGGGGAACACUGGAUUUUGGUUACUUAACAACACAACUUUAAACAAGCAAAAUAUCAGUGUCAUCUGUUUGAGUAUGUCAGAAUCAUCAUGCAUUGGCAUUAGACGUUAUCUUGACAUCAAAUUUUUGGUCACCCGAUGUCGCAACCUAAAUUAAACCAAAUAUUGAUAUCUAGUGACUUUGGUGUCCAGCUGGGAAAUAAGAUGUGUUAUAUACAGUGGGUUUUUUUUCUCAGCAGUAAGUAAGUAAGAACU